UACUGCUGCCGUGAUACAUGUUUUUAAGCUUUUUUAAUUGAACAAUAUAUUUUUCCGUACAUAUAAAAGUAUAUUUAUAUAAAUGUCAAUUUAAUAACGCCAUUCAGCACAUACACUCAUCUCGUUUUGAAGUCAAAUUUAGAACUAAUUGAUAAGGGAUCUCUUGACCCGCUGUUGAGUUGUGCUAACAGUCAGCCGUCUUGGACAGACGUUUCACCAAAAUGGAUAUAAUUACACUCAUAAAAUAUAUCGUGUAUUGUAUUUUACUUGCGCCCUCCACUCACUGUCUGCUUCGACAGCGACAUCUUGUGGAUCGUCAGACUGCAAGCUGGUUAGAAUGGACCCCUAGUACAGAAUGUUCUGCCAGUUGUGACGGAGGUUUCCAGCAGUCGAACAGAGAAUGUUCUACCGGUCGUAACGCGGACUGUGAGGCCCAGGGAGGCAGAUCAUGGAAGAUCGAUGUGUGUAAUCAAAAGCCAUGCAGUCCAACCUGGUCCGAGUGGGGUCCAUUGUCGACGUGCCCCAAAACGUGCGACACCGGUGUUGCUAUAAGACGCAGGAACUGUUCUAGUGGUGUCAACAGUGACUGUGUGGGACAGUCGUACGAACUGCAACCCUGUAAACUCACUGACUGUAUAAUAACAACUACGACAAUUGCUUCCUUGACAUCAAAAGCACCAGCAUCCUGGUCCGCAUGGCAAAGUCAUGUCGCAUGUACCACAUCAUGUGGUCCUGGAUUUGGAGAAAGAAUGCGAACAUGCUCCUCUGGAAACAACAACGACUGUCCCGGAUCUUACUUCGAAGUUACCGUUUGCAAUAAACAGGCUUGUGAAGUUGAUGGCAUAUGGACACAAUGGUCUGAUUGGACAAACUGCCCGGUCACCUGUGGGGGUGGUGGUUCAUCUCGAACAAGGGCGUGUUUCUACCCGGACCCAGCCCACAAGGGAAAGGCUUGUGUCGGAGGUAACGCAGAAACAAAGGAGUGCAACACCAACUUGUGCCCAGUUGAUGGCACCUGGACCACGUGGACAGCGUGGAGCGAUUGCUCAAAGUCGUGUGAUUCUGGGACGAAACAACGAGCCCGGGUAUGCGUGUUUUCAGCUUCCGCGCCGCACGGCCAGAACUGUUCAGGAGAGGCCAAGGAAACCCAGUCGUGUCAGUUAGCUGUAUGCCCCGCCGAUGGGUCUUGGUCGGAUUGGUCCGACUGGUCGGACUGCACCACGACAUGUGGAUCCGGUGGAAUACGGUUCCGCGCUAGGACCUGUAUGUUUGACUUUGACCGACCACAUGGGAAAAAUUGUCCAGGGGACACAAUAGAGCGUCAGACAUGCACGUUGAAGAACUGUAUCGCCAAUGGCGUCUGGAACGAGUGGUCCACUUGGUCGCAGUGUUCUCACACAUGUGCGGGAGGGAAGAGGUCGAGAAGUCGAGUUUGCCUGUAUACACCAGGCGUUGACCACGGUCUACCAUGCUCCGGAGGCACGCUGGAGAUUGGAGACUGUGGGCUGAAAGAAUGCCCAGUUAAUGGAAUUUGGUCAUCAUGGUAUCCAUGGAGUCAGUGCACGGUAACGUGCGGAACGGGUCGAGCUGUUCGAAACCGCACGUGCAAUUUCUAUACGCGCUAUCCGGACACGCCGCAUGGUGAUGACUGCGAGGGGGAUCAAGCUCAAAUAACAAAGUGCAACACAGACCUAUGUCCUGUUGAUGCAGCCUGGUCGACAUGGACUGCUUUCUCCACGUGCAGCCAAACAUGCGGCGGUGGACGACGUACAAAAACACGUCAAUGUAUUUAUGACGAGGUCGCCCCAAUCGGUAUUGACUGUACUGGCCAGAGUACCGUUACAGAGGAGUGUAGUACAAACGAGUGUCCAAUCGACGGUGCAAUUCAAGUGUGGAACUCGUGGUCCUUCUGCUCUGUGAGCUGUAACGGAGGGGUCCACACUCGGACUCGUGACUGUUACUUCCAACCAAACAGACCUCAUGGAGCCGACUGCAAGGAACAACUGAACGAGACGGCGCCUUGUAACGUCCAGUCUUGCCCUACAACUACAACACCACCAACUACAACAGCCUUACCGACAGCUGAUGGCCACUGGUCGAACUGGACCUCAUGGACUGUGUGUACGUUAACAUGUGGGGGCGGCCAACAGUAUCGAGAGAGGCAGUGUACUUACCCCGACCACACUCUCCAUGGACAAUAUUGCCCGGGGCCCCAAAAUCAAACGCAGGAGUGUAAUUCCCGUCUCUGUCCAGUGGACGGCAUUUGGACCCAGUGGUCCGCUUAUUCCAAAUGUUCUGUUUCGUGCGCGAAUGGUGUCCAAACCAGGACAAGACAGUGCGCGUUCGAUCCAAGGUUUGAUAGAGGCGAUAGCUGUCCAGGAAAUAAUACAUCUACUCAGUUAUGUGACAAUGGACCUUGUCCUGUUGACGGUGUGUUCGAAAACUGGAGCACGUGGAACGCUUGUCCGGUCUCGUGCGGAGGGGGAAUACAAGCUCGCGUGCGCGUCUGUCACUUCCCAACUAACGUUCCCCAUGGUUUGGACUGUUUGGGAAUCUCACACGAGAACCAGACAUGUGGAAAUUCAGAUUGCCCAGUCGAUGGAGUAUUAACGGAAUGGUCACAAUGGGCGGACUGCACCCUAACCUGCGGAGGCGGCUAUAAGAUUAGGAAUAGGACAUGCUACUUUCCACCCGACAAACCACACGGCCAUGACUGCGUUGGAAACCUUAAUUUUUCCAAAGCCUGCGCCAAUCAUGCAUGUCCAGUGGACGGUGUUUGGAACGAUUGGGCUUCAUGGGCCAAGUGUUCUGUGACCUGCGGAGGCGGGAAACAGCAGAGGACGAGGAGGUGUCACUAUGACGGCCACAAUCAUGGGACCGCAUGCUCUGGUCCUGACACGGAGACGAAGGAUUGUAGCACCGAUCACUGCCCAAUUGAUGGUAAUUGGAAACCUUGGAACUCAUGGACCUCAUGUUCGAUUACCUGUAGCAACGGAACAAAGUCUCGCACAAAGGAAUGUUAUUUCGUACCAAAUGAGCCCAAGGGCAACAACUGCUCUGGAAGCGCAACCGAAACUGCGGAUUGCAAUCUUGGAUUAUGUCCAGUUGACGGUGUGUGGCACAGCUGGGCCACGUGGUCUACAUGCACAGUCACCUGUGGAAACGGGUCAUCAUCACGUGACAGAGUAUGUGAUUUCCCGGACAAUACGCCGCAUGGACGCAACUGUUCAGGAAGCAACUCCGAGACGCGCUCUUGCAACGCUGAGUUAUGUCCAGUGAAUGGCAACUACACAGCCUGGGGCUCGUGGUCAGUUUGCUCGAAGACAUGCGGAGGUGGCAGCCAGGAACGCAACAGGUUAUGCGUCUACGAUCCAGUGGCGCCACAUGGCAACAACUGCUCACUACUGGGUGCAAGCGGCCAAACACAAGCAUGCAUGACAGAGAAUUGUCCAGUGAACGGAAUAUGGUCAGCAUGGAGCAACUACACCGAGUGCACGGUGACCUGCGGUGGGGGAACCCGAGCUCGACUGAGAAAUUGUGACUAUUCACCUGGAUUCCCGCGCGGCGACCCUUGUAAGGGUCCCAAUAAUGAAACACAGCAAUGCAACAACAAUCCCUGUCCAGUUGACGGCAAAUUGUCUGCCUGGGGAAGCUGGGACACAUGUUCAAAGAGCUGUGCCAAUGGAACUCAGAGCCGACACCGCACAUGCGAUUACUCACCCCCCGGCGCUCCUCAUGGCAAACCUUGCAGUGAUUCCUUAGAUGAGACAAUUCGAUGCCAUACAGAAAAAUGUCCAAUUGCUGGUCAUUGGUCUAAUUGGACUAACUUCACCACGUGUACUUUAACCUGUGCUGGUGGGACACAUACAAGGAAUCGAACCUGUAUCUUCGAUGACCCAGGGGCGCCCCAUCUUUCCGAGUGCUUCGGGAACACAACGGAUACCGAUGCAUGCAACACGCAGUCAUGCCCAGUGGACGGUGUUUGGGGUGACUGGGGCACGUGGCACACGUGUACGGUCACCUGUGGGGGAGGACAGAAGGUGAGGGACCGAACGUGUGACUUCCCGCAAGGUGUGGACCAUGGGAGGAACUGUACCGGACCGGAACAUGAAAUUGAUCAAUGCUCCAGCGAUAUUUGCCCAGUGGACGGAAAGUUUACACCAUGGAGCUCAUGGACACAGUGCACCUACAGCUGUGGAAGUGGAUUUCAGACGAGAAUACGGAAGUGUGAGUUCAAUGGAGGACCGCCUGGAACCAACUGCACUGGAAACUACAGUGAGACACAGUCUUGCAGUCAGAACCCAUGUCCUGUAAACGGCGUGUGGUCGCAAUGGAACGGCUGGGCGACGUGUUCCGUUUCUUGUGGUGGUGGAACAACGUCACGGGACCGAAUCUGCACAUACGAGGUGGGACCGCGCGGAGAUAACUGUGCGGGUCCAACGGACGAGUCGAAGGCCUGUGAAGCAAAUCCAUGCCCAGUUGACGGCCAAUGGAGCCAGUGGUCGCAGUUUACGCCAUGUGUAGAGACGUGUGGAAACGGAACUAAAACAAGAAACAGAACAUGUGAAUACACCGCCGGUCAUCCUCACGGUGCCGCAUGUCCAGGACCGGAUACAGACGCGGAGAGCUGUAACACGGCACCGUGUCCUGUGGAUGGUGUGUGGGUGCUGUGGAAUGCCUGGACAUCUUGUAACGUCACUUGCGGUGGAGGCAGCAGAAACCGUACCCGGGAGUGCAGGUACCCCAUUCCUCAACAUGGAGCCUACUGUGUUGGAAACGAUUCAGAAACUGAGACGUGUAACACGAACCUUUGUCCAGUAAAUGGCCAUUGGAGUGCGUGGGAUUCCUGGGGGUCAUGUACGGUGACCUGUGACAUCGGAAAACACUUCAGGAACAGAACUUGUGUGUACGACCCUGUGGCGCCUAAGGGUGCAAGAUGUCCAGGAGAUGACCACGAAUCGGACUUCUGUUCACCAUCAUACUGCCCACGUGAUGGAAUAUGGACUUCCUGGAAUGAAUGGAGUGUAUGUUCUACCACUUGUGGUACUGGUUCUAUAACGAGGAGAAGGAAAUGUGUAAAUCCUGUUCCUGCUGCACCAUUCGGCAAAGAUUGCGAAGGACUAGUAAAUGAAACAAAAGCUUGCACCAAUACUACAGAUUGUGCAGUUGAUGGUAACUGGAGUGAAUGGACCUCUUGGAGCACGUGCAGCGUUACCUGUGGCAAUGGAGACCAGUCUAGAAACCGCACGUGUCUGUUUGAGCAGGGGAAGCCAAGAGGUCACGACUGUGUAGGGCAUGGCUUGCAGAACGGCUCCUGUACGAGAGGCAACUGUCCAGUGGAUGGCUCAUGGAGUGCAUGGGCAGCAUGGACUAUAUGUGACGUCACAUGUGGUGGUGGAACGCACAACAGGUCACGCGACUGUUAUUUCCCUCAAAGUGUUCCAAAAGGACAGGAUUGCCAAGGCGACUCUUCUGAGUUUACAACGUGUCGCAAUGAAUCUUGUCCAGUCGACGGUGUUCUUGGACAAUGGAGCUCUUGGACAAUGUGUUCUAAGACAUGCGGCGGAGGCACCCAGUCACGUUACAGGAACUGCACGUACCCGGACGAUAGGCCACAUGGACAGUCAUGCAUCGAGCAACUAAGUGAAUCACCUGCGUGUAACCCGCAAGUUUGCACUGUUGACGGCUUAUGGUCUCUUUGGUCGCCAUGGAUGGCGUGCGACGUGACGUGUGGCAAUGGUACCCAGUCUCGAUCCAGAAACUGCACUUACCCACCAGACGCCAUGAAGGGCAAGGAUUGUGUCGGAGGAAGUGGCAAUGAAACGAAGCCGUGCUCAACCGCGAUAUGCACCGCUACUACAACAACUACCACAACAGCUACCACAACAGCAACACUCCCCACAACGACUACUACUCAAGCAACCACAACGACCGCCACCACCACCAUCCCCAGAUUAACGCCUACUCCUACAACAGCUUCCACUUCUACCCCAACCACUACUAUAACUACAACCUCUACUACUACACCAACAACACCAUCAACUACAACUGAAUCAGCACCUCGACGAAAAUGCCACGUGUGCAACGGCCCUCUACAGAUCUGUGAAAGUAAGCACGCGCUUCAGGAAUGUCCUUCAGGCACAGAUUUCUGCAUUAACGAACUGACCAACCACGAUGAUGCCUCGAGAACUGUUAACAGAAGAUGCGGUACAUACAAUGAUUGCAACGACGGAUGGUAUUUAACGUAUUCUGAUGACGACAAGUGCACAGGUUUCGAUGAAAACAAGGUUUACACGGAGGAUUUCUACUGUGAAUAUUGCUGUAAGGAUGAUGGUUGCAAUGAGCUGGUGAAUCCGUCAAAUACGUGGACUCCGUAACCAGUUACUUGUCGUAUUUGUCGACAAAUAUAGUGGUUUAUAUAUGAGCACAAAAGGGCGUGUGGGAGGGCGGUUGUACGGAUGGAUGGGCGUUAAGCUGUUGUUUACUGUAGAAUAAAGCUUUGUAAUGUAAUUUUAAUGAAAAUUUACCGAAAUCAAUCGGGUUCAGGUUGAAUCGAUGAACCUCUGCUAAAUAGAGGGUUAUAGAUAAUUCCGCGUCACUGCAUAUGUUUUUAUUUAUAAAAAUAAAAUAUAGCAAUGUUUAAAAAUAUUGUUUUGGCCAUACGGUUGAAUUCCAAAUAAAUGCUCUUUAGAAU